AUGACUGGUUUCACUCUCCGCACUGCUCUUGUGGCAGCCGUCACUUUUGGCUCAGCUUCAGCCGCGACCAAGACGCCUGCUGGGGUCAUCGCUAUCCCACUAACUCGAGAUGAAGGCUUGACCGCAUAUUUUGCCAAGCUACAGGUUGGCACGCCACUACAGACACAGUAUCUCAAGAUCGACACGGGCAGUCCACGAUAUUCUUUUUUGGACCCUCGCAAUAAGGUUUGCCAAAGAGAUGGAGAUCCAUGCCGCGAGUAUGGCACUUUCAACAAUGAAACGUCUUCCACAUCCCAAUACAAGGGUCCAUAUUUCGCAGACGCUUUGGGCUAUGUCGGCCGUGGUGAUUAUUUGAGCGACACUGUUGUUUUUGGUGGUGUUUCAACCAAGAACAUGUACUUUGGCUACACAUCCGACUACAGCUUUCCAGACAAACUUAUUGGUGACGUUUAUACAAUUCUCGGCUUGUCGUUGGAAUGUGGGAAUGACUUUGCUGGUCCUGAAUGCACCUGGAGAUCAUCCUCAUACGCACUACCUGAGCUCAAGAACGCCUCUACAAUUGACUACAUGGCUUCCAGCAUCUAUCUUGGGCCGGAUGACAAGGAGGCUGCCAGCGCCUUGAUGCUCCUUGGUGGAGCUUACGACAAAGCGAAGAUUGAUGGCGAUCUCAUCACGGUGCCCAUGGUUAACCCAUUCGAUAUCCAGCUCACUAGCGGUCAAACCAACUCGGUCAACGUUACUUCUGUCGAGGUGUUUCUCAGCAACGACAAUAAUCGAACAACAGAGACGUAUGGCGAAAAGGGAGUCGGCGUUCCUGUUCUGAUGGACACGGGUGUUGCAGGCUGGUACCUCACCGACAAGACCAUGGUUCCUCUUUACCGCGCUUUCGGUAUCACCGAGGAGCCUCCUUUUGGUCAGAGAUAUUUUACCGUUGACUGCAAGUAUGCUGACCCUGAGCGAUCUGAUGGUUAUGUCUCUGUCGAGUUUGGCGAUCAUGGAAAGAUUGAGGUCCCCUUCCAUGGCUUGGUAUCAAAGUUUCCAGACAAUACCUGUGGAGUCUUUGCUUCUUCUCGUGGCAACACUGUAGCCAUCUUUGGCGACCCUUUCUUGCGUAACGUGUAUAGCAUUUUUGAUCAGGAGAACUUAUCUCUCUCAAUGGGACAUGUGAAGCACACGGAUGAGGAGGAUAUUGUUGCUUUGCCUCAAGGAGGCUUCAAGCCAACCUAG